AUGCGUGCUCUUCUUCAGCCGGCACCAGAGCCAGGGAGGAUACUUGGCAUCGAGUCUAUCCGGGAUGGAGGCUUCUCGUCAUCGAGUCUGCCGCGGGAUGCCAUUGCUCGUCGAUUUGUGGACGCCUACUUCAGGAACGUGAACCGAGCAUAUCCGUUCGUGAACAGGUCCAAGGUUCUCAGAGAUCUGGAGAACUUGGGCGAGUCUUCCAAACGGCGGCGAGACUCAGAUACAACCUUGCUGUACCUCAUCAUGGCUAUCGGGUGCACUACACUACAGAGAGCAGGCCAGAUUCCCAACGACACGACAUCCAAGUUUGACGUGGCUUACGCCGACAUUAUCCAAGAAUGUCUAGCUCGUGAAGACCUCGAAUCGAUUCAGAUUCUGGUCUUGGUGGCGCUGUAUUCUCUCUUCGACCCCAAGGGCAUUUCAACAUGGUCAAUAGCUGGCAUAGUCUCCCGACAGGCGAUGUUACUAGGCUUAAGCCGCAGAUCUUCCGAGGACAAGACGCUCUCUGCGAUGAAUAUCGAGCUGCGGCAUCGUCUUUUCUGGAGCAUCUACGUCCUGGAUCGGAUGAUGGCCAUUUCGCUGGGCUUGCCAGUGGCCCUUAUUGACGAGAACAUGGAUGUUCCAUUGCCCGGGCUGACGAUUGAAGAAUUCGCCUCUCCAGAUCGGCAACAUUUUGCAUCUAUCCUCCAGACAAACCGUCACGUCAUCCAGCUGAGGCAACUAGAAGAUCGAAUUCUUCGCCAGAUUCACACACGAAAGCAGUCCGACGUCGCUGCUCUUUCCCAGGCUGACCGCCGUGCCAUUGUCCAGGACAUCAGAUCGGAGAUAGAGAACUGGUACAGCAACGGCUGCCUUGUGUCGCCAUUGGAACCAGACAACGUGCCGAUCCAUAAUUCAGUCACCUGGUUGAGUGCGCGUUACUACCAUCUUUUGCUCCUGCUUCACUAUCCCUGCCACUUCAACUCAUGCGGCUCCAUUGUGUCUGCGGUCGAGCUCUUACGCUUCGCACAGAAGCAUCUUCAAUCGACCUCGGUCCUUCUCCAGCAACGCCAGCUGCCACUGAACCGCGUUACCCUAUGCCGUUUGUUCCCUGUAGGAUUGGUCCUUAUCCACAGCUUCAUCGCCUGCGCCGCAGAGUGCACGUCCUUCUCGGCCAGGGAUGAGGUCGCCGUGAUUGUCAGCAUCCUCGAAGCCUUCCCCGAAGGCUGGACCCACGCGCGACAAGCAGCACACGUCUUCCGCCAGUUCAUGAGUCUGAUCUCAGGCGUACCCAACAACGGCUACACCACUCUUCACUUCCCCGGCAGCAGUAACAACAUGUAUGGCAAUAACGGACAGAUGACCUCGUCAAGGGAGUCAUACCAGGCGAUGUCACUCUGA